CGGUAAUGCACCAGUUCACGUUGGUUGCCAGCCUCCGUUAAAAACCAAAAGAAGAAGAAGAAGAAGAAGACUGGUGCGCUCGUGAGCGCGCAGCAGCAGCAACCGCGGGGUCGCGCAGAGGGUGAGAGGCGCGCGCAGAUUGAGCAUGGUUAGCGGUAAUUUGGGCUUCUACACAUGAUGACCUUCCUCAUCCUCAUCCUCGCUGAGAAUGGCGGAGUCAGAUGGUGUGGAGUUCUCUGCGAAUCGAGCUCAAAGCAGCAUGGCUAACAACAAGAACAGCACGCUCCGUUGUACUUUCUCGGCCUCCAGCCACAGCAACACUCUCCUGAGGGGACUGUCUGCACUGCGUGAUCAAGGUCAGUUGCUGGAUGUGGUUCUGGCCAUUGAGAACGAGCGGUUUGAAGUUCACAAAGCAGUUUUGGCCUCCUGCAGUGACUACUUCAGAGCCAUGUUUACGGGAGGAAUGAAGGAGUCAAACCAGAACACCAUCGAGCUUAAAGGUCUUUCAGCCAGAGGACUGAAGCACAUUAUUGAUUUCGCCUACAGUUCUGAGGUCACUCUGGACUUGGACUGCAUUCAGGACGUUCUCGGUGCAGCCGUCUUCCUGCAGAUGGUGCCUGUGGUGGAGCUUUGUGAGGAGUUCCUGAAAUCGGCCAUGAGCGUUGAGACUUGUCUAAACAUCGGCCAGAUGGCCACCACUUUCAGCCUCUCGUCCCUUAAGCAGUCGGUCGAUGCGUUCACGUUCCGUCACUUCCUGCAGAUAGCUCAGGAGGAUGACUUCCUUCACAUUCCAAAGGAACGACUGGUUUUCUUCCUUCAGAGCAACAAGUUGAAGAACUGUAGCGAGAUUGACUUGUUCCAUGCAGCAAUCCGCUGGCUGCAGCACGACGCGUCCAGACGAGCGGCGGCCAGCGAAGUGCUCUGCCAUGUGCGCUUCCCGCUAAUGCGUUCGUCUGAACUUGUGGACAGCGUCCAAACUGUCGACAUCAUGGUGGAGGAUGUGCAGUGUCGACACUUUCUCCUAGAGGCCUUCAAUUAUCAGAUCCUUCCAUUCCGACAGCACGAAAUGCAAUCACCGCGAACUUCCAUUCGCUCAGACGUCACUUCGCUGAUUACGUUCGGUGGAACGCCCUACACCGACAACGACCGGACGGUCAGCGGCAAAGUCUACUAUCUGCCCGACGUCACGGUGCGACAGUUCAAAGAGUUGACCGAAAUGGAGAUGGGAUGCAGCCAUGCGUGUGUGUCGGUUCUCGACAAUUUUGUGUACGUCGUGGGUGGGCAGCAUUUGCAGUAUCGCAGUGGAGAGGGCGCAGUCGACGUCUGCUUCCGCUACGAUCCCCAUCUGAACCAGUGGCUUCGAAUCCAGUCCAUGCAGGAGAGCCGCAUUCAGUUUCAGCUCAACGUAUUGCAUGGACAACUUUACGCUACUGGAGGACGCAACCGGUCUGGCAGCUUGUCCUCUGUAGAGUGCUAUUGUCCGAGGAAAAACGAGUGGACUUAUGUGGAUUCCCUCAAGAGGCGGAUCUGGGGUCACGCCGGAGCGGCGUGCGCCGAGAAACUCUACGUCUCAGGAGGUUACGGGGUGUCUGUGGAGGAUAAGAAGACUCUCCAUUGCUAUGAUCCGACCUCGGAUCAGUGGGACUUCAAGUGUCCCAUGAACGAGCCAAGAGUCUUGCAUGCUAUGAUCAGUGUAAACAACCGUAUUUAUGCUCUCGGUGGCAGAAUGGACCAUGUUGACCGCUGCUUUGAUGUGCUAGCUGUAGAGUAUUAUGUUCCAGAAACCGAUCAAUGGACGACAGUCAGUCCGAUGCGAGCUGGUCAGUCAGAGGCUGGCUGCUGUCUGCUGGAUAAAAAGAUCUAUAUAGUCGGAGGAUACAAUUGGCACCUCAAUAACGUCACUAGUAUUGUGCAAGUUUAUAAUACAGAGACGGAUGAGUGGGAAAGAGAUCUUCAUUUUCCAGAAUCUUUUGCAGGAAUAGCUUGUACACCUAUUGUACUUCCUCAAACAACCACCCAGCGCUAAGCACAUAUUGCGUUGACUGUUUAUUUAGACUUAAGGUUUAGCGUCCACCCGGACUGAAGUGAAAGUAAUGGUAUAAUUGGCUUUGCCUCAUUGAAAAGCCUCAAUGUUAUGUCUUUAUUUUUGAAGCAUGCAUGAUUGAACGAUAUGAAAGCACACUUUUUGAGAAUGUGAAGCAUCGUUCUACACUUCUCAAGCAGUAUUGUCAUGUAUGGCCCUUCUUGUGGAUUGCCAUGUUUCAUACUAAUGAGGGUUUUGUACAAGUCCCUAUGGGAUUUGCAGUGACGGCAGACUUGAAUGGACCCACAACAUUAGUGCAAUGUUAUCACGUCUUCAUCUUUGUGUAUAUCCUAUGUAUUCACAACACAUCCUAAACUUCCAGAAGUAUAGUGCAAAUUUAUAUUGCAGAGACCGAUGAGUGCAAAAGAGAUCUUCAUUUUCAAGAGACUUUUUUGCGGGAAUAGCUUGUACACCUAUUGUACUUCGGCGCUAAGCACAUAUUGUCUUUAUAUUUGAUUUUUGAGAAUGCGUAGCAUCUUUCUGCACACUUCUCAUGCAGUAAUGUUGUAGAUUGCCCCGUUUCAUACUAAUGAGGGUUUCGUACAAGUGCCUGUGGGAUUUGCAUUGAUGACAGACUUGAAUGGGCCAGCAACACUGGGGAAAUGUCAUCAUGACUUCAUGAAGGAUUUUUGGCCUGUUCUCAUGGUGUGACUAAAUGACACGAAAGCAAAAAAAAAAUGGAUAGCUGAAUGAAUUGCUUGACAUCUAAACAAUUAAAAACCAUCUUUGCCUCUGGGAAAGAGUUGGUAGAACUUCAUACUCGCAGUAUGAUAUUUUGAAUUUGGUCUGCCAGCUACAAUUUGGACAAAAUUGUCUGCUUUGCCAGCACUUAAUGAAGAGGUUUAAAAUAUUGGACCUUAGCAUGCUCUUCUCAAGAUGUAAAGCUGGCUCUGGUUCUUCUUGUAGAUUAUCUCUAGUGUGUGAAUCUCUUGGGUACAGAUCAGAUCUCUAUAUCAUAGCUUUGGAUGCAGAUGGUCCCAAGCACAGCAUAGGCCUGUAUUCCUCUAAAUUAGUCAUUAUCUUGAGAGGUAAUGCAAAACAGUAGACCUGAUCUAUAUGUUGCACUUUUCAUGCAAAUUCAUGUUUGUUUUGUGAUCAUUUGUAGAAACACCACUAUAGUGGCAGGUGUGUUAAUAUAUUUUGUGAUGCUUUAUUAAGCUGUUUUGUGGCAAGUUCCUGAUAUUAGUUCUCUUUCAUUAUAAUUCUCAUUUUUGAAAGGUUUUUUAUUUAAAAACUGGCAAAUUAUUUCAGAAAUCUUUGCCACCAUGAAGAAGCAGAGCAGCAGUGGAGGUAAAAUUCUCAUGACUCAGUUUUGUCCUAACAAUUUAGGGGACAUUUAAAAAAAUAUUGAUACCUCAUUGUAAGAUUUUUUUAUUUUUUUUUCUUCAAUCUCUAUUCAGUUAUAGUUUUUACUGGAUAAAAAAUUUACCUACCUUUUUUUUUUCUUUCUUUCUUUUUCUGUCUCUCUCUCUCUCUCUCUCGCUCUCCCAAACUAAAUGAGCACAUUUCAUUAUGCACUUUAAUAUUCAACGUGGUAAAUCAGUGAUUUGAUUACUGAACAAUUGAAAAGGUGCAUUGUUUUCUCUGAACAUGUAAUUUACACAGCAUAUACAGUAUUAUACAGUAGGGACUGGAUCACGUACAUGGAACUAUGGCACAAACUUUUUGUAAGUUUUCAGAGUAUGAAUAUAUUAAAAAAACACUAAAUUCUAGAAAAUACCUAGUUUUUUUUGUGCAUUUAAUAGUAUGAUUUGUAUAUUAUUACAUUUAUUUGUUAAUGUUUUUUUUUUUUUUUUUUUUUUAAAAGGCGUUAGAAACAUUUGUUCUUUCCAACAACACAAUUACGUUUUGUGUAUGUAUAUAGAUAGGUAAUUUACCAUGAUUACAGCAGUAAAUGACUGUCAUCCUUAGCUCAGGACUCAUUUACAUGCUGAUGUAAAAUGGAAACAUAAAUAUGGACAAUAUCUGGUGAGACUUUUGAGUAAGUUAGCUGGGUCUUAUGAACAAAUGGCCUUUAAUCUUGUACUUGCAUCACAGAUCAGCCUUAAUCAACCUGGUAAAGGCACUUAAAGUGCUGUUUGGUUCUAUGUAAACAACCAUUUCCUUAAGUCUGGAAAGUUUUUACAAUAGAUUUUUUUAAUUGUUGUCAAUUUUCGAUUUCAAGAAAAUUCUUUAUGUAAGUGCAUUUAUGAACAUCUGAAAUUUGUAGCAUGUGGUUACAUCCAAAAAACAAUUUUUUUUUUUUUUUUUUUACAAAUCCCAUUCUAAUUUUGAUGUACAAAGUUACGUGUUAAACUUUCAAGUGUGGUAUAAUUAAUAAAUACUGAAUGUAUUUGUAUUAGUAGCAUUUUUUGCAUUUAUCCUUUUACACAUUUGUCUUCCAUGUGUGAAAUUACAUGUGUGUUCUUGUUUUAUCCACCUGCUAUGUUGUCUGUUACAGUGUGGUCUAAAUAAAAAUACACAAAAAUGUCAUUCUCAUUUUUUUCAUUGAUGUACUAUUACGAAAAUGAUGUUUUUCCUUGCAGCAACAGUGUCUUACUAAUUAUGAUGGACUAUUGUUUUUGAUGUGUGCAAACCAGAACUUUAUAGAUCCAAACUGUAUUUUUUUUUGCUGCAAGAAAUGGUAGGAUUAAAAAA